AUGGUACAAGUUGUCGUUGCAGUGGUGGUGAUGGUGUGGUUGGCUGCACCAGAGCUCUUGAGCGAUCCCAGCAAUUGUGCUCCCCGAAAUUUGAUUUGCUACAAGCCCUGCUGUGAAGCAUCCUUCCACUGUCUUAUGAACUGCUCCUGGGAGACUGGAUGUAAAGAAGAUGUCAACUACAUCCUCAACUUUAGGGAUCAAACAGAAGGGAAGAAAAAGACAUUUGAGGUUGAAAAGGCCACCCACUUUAUUUUUAAUACGGACACGUUCUAUGCUCUAAGAAAUGUUACUGUCUGGGUAGAAAGCGUGCCUAGGGACGGUCCUCCUCGGGUCUCAAAAAAUCAUACACUGCUGCUCAAGGAAGCCAUAAAAUUUAAUCCACCAUCAGCCAAGUCUAUCAGCAUUUCUAGAUCGAAAGGUAUCCUGACCUUGAAAUGGCCUGGAUCCAGCACUUGUCGCUCUACACUAAACCAAGUCAGGAUAAGACAGUCCCACCAUACAAACUGGACACUGGUAAGUUGUGUGUUUGCCACGUGUCAUCUGGGGAAAAAUAUCUCUUAUGAAGCGCAGGUUCGGUAUCGAACUGAUCACUCAAGCAGUCACUGGAGCAGCUGGAGCGAAGUCUUCUUUGUUCCCACUGAAAUCCUCAGAAGUCCCUCAGUAAAUUAUACUGUGGGGUCCCUAGGAAAGGAAGGCCUGAGGAAUGUGACUCUGCAGUGGGCGAGACCUCCUAUGGAGCAAGGGAAAGUGAGCUAUAAUCUCACUUUUGUCAUGCUGGCCUGCAAGCAGUGCCUUUUUGGCUUGGAAAAAUACAACAUUACCGUACAUGGUGCAACUCGGUGCUACACUGCUCUUUCUGCAGCUGAAUAUAACAUUUCGCUGGUGGCGUUUAACGAAGUGGGACAUUCUCCAGCUUAUCCCUUUAAGCUACCACCAGAACAAAAUGCAGGUCCCAAUUUUAUGAACGUCAGUCUGUCCGGAAGGCAUUUUACUCUGAAGUGGAAAGUGGACGACGAUUUGGCUUUCUUUUGCUUUGAAGUUCAGCUUCUUGGAGAAACCUUGCCUAAGGAAGACUGCAUGGAUCCUAAUAACGCUUACCUGGUUACAGCUUCUCUUGAAGAUGCCACCCAUGUAAAUGUGACCAACCAAACAGCAAAUUCUGCUGUCAUCCAGUGGAAGCCUCCCAGAGCCCUCUUUGAUUGCCCAGGUGUACUGAAGAAAUAUGUCAUAUGUUGUCAAAAGGAGCAAUACAGUAACAUCAUAUAUUAUGACGUCAACGUGUCACAAACAUGGUAUACGAUCCAGGACUUAGAGCCUGACACUGUCUAUCUUGUUGGCAUCUGGGUCUCUACGGCAAACAACAAAGACAACUGCAAAGCUUUUUAUAGAUUUCUUACCAAAGCUCCAGGUAUAAUAGCUUCUCUUCCUCUAGAUCUCAAGCAGCUGCCACUGGUGCUUAGCUUUCUAUUUAUAGGGAUUUUUGGAGUCAUCCUUGUUGUCACCACCAUCUUCUACCUUGUCAAAAAAAGAAUGAAAAAUGUAUUGUGCUCAGCAUUGCCAGAUCCUGCUAAUACAGAAGCUGUGAAGUUCCACACCAUAGCAGAAGUAGACCAGGCCCAGGUAAAAUUGAGUUUUAUGGAACCAAAGGAAUCCAACAGCCCCAUGGAACUAUUGGUUGUAGAACCUUCAUCUGACAAAGAGGAGUCAGUUACUGAUACAACAAUGGACUUCUUGGGAUUUGUCAAAGGAAAAGAAGAGGAACAUUCUCCCAAAGAGGAUGAGGUAGUCUCUGAUGAAAUCCUACUUUCUGAAUAUAAGGGGCAAAGAUUUUUGAGUCCUGUGGAAGAAUCUGAAGAUUUUGUAGAUGUUUCUCAUGAAGAAAGCACUGGUGAUGGUCCCCAUCUCUUCCUGAAUAAUACUGAAGCUGGAGACCAAAAUGACAUGUGUAUGUCCCAAAUUUCACUCUCCUUCAAACUGUUUGAUAAACUGGUGGUGAUUAAGAAUGUAGGUGAAGGCUUUGACAUUCCAUGCAAUAAUGGUGCUUCAACCUAG